AGAGUCUUUAAAAUCAAUUCAAAAUUUAUUCAAACUAAAAAAUUCCAAAACGAGGAAAUAUGCACAAGACAUGGAAUAAACCGUUCCACAAGCGCAAAAUGUGGAAGACCGUUUCGAAGCCUGGAAAACUCGUGUACUAUAUGCAGCCACUAGUGGAGCACUUCUUCGAUAUCUGGAUGCAACCACUGCCCUUUCCGACAAUUUUGAAAUUCAUCUACAGCUGCGCUGUGAUCUUCUUCAUAAUGCUGCCCAUCCUGUACCCACUGCUCGUCCUGCUGAUCUACUACGGUAUCUUCCAGUACGCCGGUGAGCAGCACUUCGGACUGGUACCGCCAGAUAACUGGAACCUUCUGGGGGCCGCCAAUCACCUCUGGCACUUCGAGGUGACCAACAAGAAGUAUCUGCUGUUCGUGACCAUGUACAUCGAUAGAUACCGCGUCAUUAUAACCGCCAUAUCUUCGACAGUCGACUAUAUGCGCAUGGCUCUGUGCUUCGUCUUCAGCUAAGUCAAAAUUGCGGAGUAACCGAUCCUUAUUUGCCCAUCCCAGUCGACGGGGAGUUUUAAUUAGGACUGGUAAUUGGAAAGUAAUAUUUUCUUUAAUGGUUCUU